GGCGGGGCAGGGGGAGCCCUAUAAUUGGAGGAGUCCGGGAUCCCACAGUCCUGCUCAGACCCCGUGGAGCCCCAGGACGCCCUUCCGCAGCAGCGGACUGACCAAUGGCAGGCGGGAAGAUGCCGGUCCUGUGGGCUGUGUUGGUGGUCACACUUCUGGCAGGAUGCCGGGCGGAUGUGCAGCCGGGGCCCGAGGUGCAGGAGCCAGCCUUGUGGCAGAGUGGACCGUCUUGGGAGCAGACCUUGGGCCGCUUCUGGGAUUACCUGCGCUGGGUGCAGACGCUGUCUGACCAGGUGCAGAAGGAAGUGCUCAACUCUCAGGUCACCCAGGAGCUGACGUCGAUGAUAGAGAACACCAUGAAGGAGGUGAAGGCCUACAAGUCGGAGCUGGAGCGGGAACUAGGACCGAUGGCGGAGGACACGAAGGCCCGGCUGUCCAAGGAGCUGCAGGCGGCGCAGGCGCGGCUCGGGGCGGACAUGGAGGAGGUGCGAAGCCGCCUGACCGAGUACAGCAGCGAGAUGCAGGCCAUGCUGGGCCAGAGCACCGAGGAGCUGCGCGCACGGCUGGCCUCGCACCUGCGCAAACUGGAGGUGGGCGGCCGGGCGCGCGACCGCCUGGACGAGGUGCGCGAGCACGUGGAGGAGGUGCGCACCAAGGUGGAGGAGCAGGCCGAGGCCUUACAUAAGCGCCUCAAGGGCUGGUUCGAGCCCAUGGUGGAAGACAUGCGGCGCCAGUGGGCCGAUCUCAUCGAGAAGGUGCAGUCGGCCGUGGGAGUAAACAGCCCCGCGCCCGCCGAGAACCACUAGGCACCCAGCACCCACCCGACCCACCUCUUCCCCUCGCCAGCAGGAGGCGCUGUCCCAACCCUGCUGGCCUCCUGAAAGGCCCUCACUCAUUAAAUAAAGGUUCACCGAGCUUCGCAGCACCCA